CAUCCAAGCGGAAUGACCCUGCUGAUGCUAGACAGGCUCGCAUGCCAUCAACGAGCUUGGAGGACCAGCUGUCGACUUCAUGUCUUAUCCGCAAUCGCAUCAAACCUUUGCCCGAGAUUAUCAAAAUACAUCGCUACCAGCGCCCCCCACCCAACGCCCCCACGACUUCCUAUCAUCUGGCCAAUCGACACCUGUGCCCGACUUCACAUCGAUUGGCACCCCACUCAACGAUUUUGGACCCCAAUCCGAAAAUGGUCAAACGAGGGAGAGAGUGUUUGCUUGGGCCCACAGAGUUUAUGUUGAUCUUCUGAAGUUUUUGCAGUCGACAAGAAAAAUGCACGCGCAUAAUCAGCACGGACGACCAACAUCACGACCACAUAUCUAUCCCAAGCCACCAAAACAGCCAGGUGCGAAUUUCUCUAGUUCAGCAAAUAGCGGCGAUUCAUCAUCGUCGGACCGGCGAAUUUCAUCAUCGUCUAAUAAACGGACUGGCUCACAAUCUGGAUCGGAGAGACCUUCAAGGCCACCAUUUGGUUCUCAUCAACGCUCAUCUUCGGCAUGGUCAUUGAGCGAAAUGGAUCGGAGCAUGUAUCGACAGCCAUGGCAGAAUGCUUCACACCAAUAUCAUAUGCCUCCCACAAUGCCGAGCGUGGAUCUCAAUCGCACCUUGCGGCGCAUGUCUGGAUCUGUCACCAACGUCCAUCAAAGCUUACGUCAUGACACACCUCCGAGUAUGGUGGCUGCCGCUGCGCUAGAGGCCAUUACCAAGCAUUGCGAAGAAAGUAAAUGGAAAUGGAUAGAUGGAAUCCUCCUGGGUGGCUGUCUUGCAUAUGCGUUGGGAGACUACCAAAAAGCUCAAGAUUGGUAUAAGCAUAUCCUUACACUUGACAGAGAUCACGUCGAAGCUAUCUCGAACUUGGCAGCUACUCUCCUAGCCCUCCACCAGAAAUGCGAUGCUGAGGCGUACUGGAGGAAAGCGGUCAAGCUUCGACCUAGCUAUUUUGAGGCUGUCGAGCACCUCAUUGGACUUUUAUGCAGCGACCAAAGAGGCCGCGAAGCAGUCCAGCUUAUCGAAGAAGUAGAACGCCGCCUGAGAUUUGUCAGGAAGGCUGACGCUCUGCGAAGUCUGGAUGCCGAAAGUCAAGCAUCAGCCUCGACCGUAAGCGAAUCCCCAAGCUUAUCAGAGGUCUCAGAUCGGCCCCUGUUUGAGUUUGAAGGAGAAACUGAAUCAAUUUUCAAGGACCUCGACGAGCUUGCUGGGUCCGAUCAACCAGGCUUUGGAUCCAGUGGCUACGCUAUUCCUGGAUGCGACAAUGGCCGCAUCCUAGCUUUGGUUCAUGCCAAAGGCAACAUGCUCUAUGCUUUAGGCGAGAAUGCUGCCGCGGCGAGAGCCUUCGAGAACGCCGUUCUCGUUGGAACUGGGCCACUGACUAAUGGGAUCAACAGUCUUAUCAGGCGCAUACUUUCUGUUGUUGGCUACGAUGCUGCAGAGCGCUCGCCCAGUGGCCGUUGUGUUCCUCCAUCCUCAGAUCCAAUACUGCUUCCUCCAGAUUCAGCAACGAAGACUGCACACCUUUGUUUCCCGUCCCACGGUCAAUUACCAGGUCUCAAGUACGUCCCUGGUGAUGGGCUUGCUAAGAAGGCUGCCGUUUCAACCACCAGUAAUUCGUUGCUUUCUCUGGCGAAGAUAUUUCAAGACGGUAUGGCAAACAACACGCCAAAGGGUAGCGCUUACCAAAGCAACUAUGGCGUGAGAGAGAUUUUGGCUCUUUAUUACUUGUCGCUCUCAUUGCAGCCGAGUCCCUCGACUGCAAACAACGUUGGUAUUCUUCUUGCCGGCGUGCAACAAUCAGCGCCAUCAAAACCUAUUCCUGUCACAAAUCCCAGCUUCUACCCACAGAUUCCAGGGCUGGUGCCCGGCAGCGGUGUUGCUCUUGCACUCGCAUACUACUAUUACGGACUGCAGCUGGACAAGCGACAUGCACACCUGUAUACUAACCUCGGCAGCCUCUUGAAAGACAUCGGCCAGUUGGACGUCGCCAUUUCCAUGUAUGAGCAAGCGGUGCAUUGUGAUCAGAACUUCGACAUUGCUCUUGCAAAUCUGGCGAAUGCAGUCAAAGACAAAGGCCGCAUCAGUGAUGCAAUUUUCUACUACAGGAGAGCUGUAAAGGCCAGUCCUGACUUUGCGGAGGCCGUCUGUGGGCUUUCUAACGCUCUCAACUCAGUAUGUGGCUGGAAUGGAAGAGGUGGAAUUGCCGCCGACAACGGCGCAAGAGACCGCUGGCAUGUGGACGACGACGGUAUGCUACUGGAUGCCAAGUUGCCAGGUGCCUCCAGUUCUGGCUGGGUUCACAAAGUCGUAAAACUGGUAGAGAAGCAGCUUGCCGAUGGUGAGGGUUGGGGCCGAGGUGCUAUGGACGAACAAUUCGUUCGGGAUAUCGUUCGACCACUAGCUCUUUCCGACGAGGACGCCGACAGCAUCAAAGCAAAGAAAAACAGUAUGAUAUCUGUUCUGGCUGAAUGGAGAGGUCAAAAGUGGGAAGGCGCUCGCUUGAUCCGUCUAGUUGAGCGUGCCAUUCGACGGAUGACAUGGCACUGGUAUCAAGAUCGAUACAUCACGGGAAAACAGAGACCUUCUGCAAGCUACAGAAGACCUCAUUUGCCCGCGGCUUUGACGGUGCCUGCCGCUCCUACAGUCCUUCCGUUCCACACUUUUACCUGUCCUAUGUCAGCGAAGCAGAUCCGUCAAAUCUCUCAGCGCAACGGUCUGCGAAUCUCGAGUUCCACGUUAAGAAUACCAUGGCUGCCUGCCAAUGUUUACGAACCACCGGCGCCGCCUAAGCCCUAUCUCAAAGUAGGAUACGUCUCCUCGGACUUCAAUAACCACCCGCUGGCGCAUCUGAUGCAGUCCGUAUUCGGUCUUCACAAUCCUUCUCGGGUCAAGGCGGUCUGUUAUGCGACAACGGCAAGCGACAACUCUGAGCAUCGCAAGCAAAUCGAAAGGGAGGCCCCAGUCUUCCAUGAUGCGAGCAGUUGGUCGGCAGAACGUCUUGUCAACCAAAUUAUCAAGGACGGAAUUCACAUACUUAUCAAUCUGAACGGCUACACAAGAGGAGCGAGAAACGAAGUGUUCGCUGCGCGUGCAGCCCCUAUCCAGAUGUCCUUCAUGGGUUUUGCAGGAACAUUGGGAGCCGAGUGGUGUGACUACCUCCUAGCGGAUGACACUGCUGUGCCUCCCGAUACUCUCCGCCCAUGGCGUCGUAACAUUGAUUUGGAGGAUGCUCUCGUCGAUGACAACAGUGGAGGUUCAGACGAUGAUUGGAUAUACGGGGAAAACAUCAUCUUCUGCCGCGACACGUUUUUCUGCUGCGACCACCGACAGAGUGCACCCGACUCGCAGGGUCGACAGCCUGAUUGGGAAGAAGAGCAACGGAGGAGAUGGGCGAUGCGCAGAGAGAUCUUUCCACAGCUGCCGGACGAUGCAAUUAUUCUUGGCAACUUCAAUCAGCUGUACAAGAUCGAACCAACGACCUUCCGUAGUUGGCUGCGUAUCCUGACCCGCAUACCCAAAGCAAUCCUCUGGCUCCUGCGCUUCCCCGAUCUUGGAGAAACCAACCUCAAACAAACCGCCUACAUGUGGGCCGGCGCAGAAGUAGCGAACCGCAUCAUGUUCACCGACGUUGCGCAAAAACACCAACACAUAUCCCGCGCCCGCGUCUGCGACCUCUUCCUCGACACCCCCGAGUGCAACGCGCACACCACCGCCGCAGACGUCCUCUGGUCCGGCACCCCUCUCCUGACGCUACCGCGCUACAAGUACAAGAUGUGCUCGCGCAUGGCGGCUUCGAUCCUCAAAGGCGCUCUACCGAAAACCGCCGAGGGAGCCCAAGCAGCGAAGGAACUAAUCGCCAAAAAUGAUGAGGAAUAUGAAGACAUGGCUGUCCGACUUGCAAGCGAUUGCGUCUACAACGGUCACCGCUCCACGGGACGGCUUGCCCAGCUGAGACGCAUGCUUUACGAAGCGCGGUGGACGAGCGCGUUGUUCGACACGAAGCGCUGGGUUAAGGAUCUGGAGGACGCAUAUGAGAUUGCGUGGCGGAAGUGGGAGAAGGGCGAAGGUGGGGAUAUUUGGCUCAAGUAGCGGGAGUUCUUUUUUCUUUUUUUGGAAUAGGGAUAGAUUCUUUUUCUUGGAUGCUUUUACACGGUUU